AUGGCUACACGUGCGCGGGGUCUGCGUGUGCGUUUGAUGGCGGCGUUUGGUGCCCUUGCGGUCGUUCGAGGUGCUUUCGCUCAGCUGGAUGGUCUGCCGCCAUGCUUGUUGAACUGCAUCAACAAAGCCUCGCCGUGCGAUAACCACUCACUCCCCAAGCUGGUCACCUGCGUGGAUAACCUCUGCGCCAGCACUCCACCGAACAUCACCCUCAUGCUGGAUCCGAAGCUCAGAUUCUCAUGCCAGGACUCCUUCGUGCCCGGAACCACCGACCAUCUGCAGCCGCUCGCACUACCCAGCAACGGCGAAUGCGUCAACAGCCCACGCGAGUUUAAGAGCUUCAUUGCCGGUCCCGCACCAGGUAACGACAGCCUCAACGCGGACAUCGCACGCCAGUGCCGCGUAGAGUUGUACCCGUACAGCGACUGCCGUGGCGGGACGUCCAUGAUCGACUCAAUGGACAUCAAGCACAGAGGCUGCACGUUCAUGGGUGGCAAGAGUGCUCGGCUAAACUGCGAUACGCAACCCAUCAGCAUGACGGCGUACGAGGCCCUAGCCGACCUCUGCGCCCACGACUCCCCACCCCGCAACAACAGCAGCGCGCCCUUCCCGUCCGGUAAGAUCAAUGGGACCGCGACGACAGCGACGGGCGUGCCCACUUUGAGCGCAUCGGCAUCCCCGAGUAAUGUUCCGGUGGUGCCUGCGCAGCCGGGUGGCGCGAGCACGGAGAAGCAUGUGCAGCGGAGUGUGGCGGCGUUGAUUGCGGUGAUGUUUGCUGCGGUCGUUCUUUUAUGA